GUGAUAUCAUUCAUAAGAUGUCUGGAUUUGGAGAAUUUUUCCUGCACUUCUAUAUUCUAGGGUGUAUUUUCUGCAGCUCCGGUGCUUGGCGUGUAACAAUGCCAAGAAAUAUCAAAGCAUUGAAGGGUUCCUGUCUUGUUAUCCCUUGCAGUUAUGAUUACUCUAAAUAUCCACCUAAAAGACCAGAUCGUAUAGUGUGGUACAAAUAUGAAAGCAGUGGAUAUCCUUUAGUUUAUGACAACUGGUAUCCGGGUAAUGUCUUGGACCAAUUUAAAGGAAGAACACAUGUAUCUAGCUCUUCAUACAAUCGGCAAUGCAGUCUGAUGAUCGAACCAGUGACCUGGUCUGAUCACAGUCAGACGCUUUAUCCCUGGGUGGAUCCUGAGAAUGUUGGAAAAGGAACCUAUCGCUUCUUUGACACAACUGUAACAAUUGAAGUUGUGGGCACAGCUGAUAAACCGGUUAUUGAUAUCUUUGGAAUCAAGAAGGUUGGAGAGCUCCAUUUCAGGGCUGACUAUCAGCUCUACUUCAGACGAAUUUCUGAAAGGACAUCCAAGUAA